AUGCGCAAACGACACGAGCUGUUGAAGGAGAUGAUCAACGAGAAUGGUUCGAUGACCGAUGGGGAGAAAGAGCGAUCGGACAAUAGGAUAGCUGAGUGGCUUAAUGGAUCUUCUGACGCAGAUAUCUGUUCACAGAAGUCACACGAUAUCAGCAGAUUUGGCGAUCCAGAACCGAUCCCAGCAAGAAUUCGCCCUAACCAAGGUCCCAAUCCACUACCAGUAGAUCACCCAAGCGUGACUACAGGAAGCAGACAUCCACGUUUUGACCAGCAGCCAGGCAAUUUCAUUCCGAUUCUACGUUCUACUCCAAGACAGAUGCCAUCGGACGAUGACAACAACUUGACACGUAAUCAAGUCGCCGCUCGCCAAGCCGUUUCGCGAGAACUCCCCCAAUUCAGCGGAACUCCGGAAGAAUGGCCGUUGUUUUACUCAACGUUUACAACAACGACCACCAUGUGUGGUUAUACGCAAGAGGAGAAUCUGAUACGCCUGCAGAAGUGUCUAAAAGGGAAGGCGUACGAAGCGGUUAAGUGUAGAUUGAUGCAUCCUGCCAACGUUAUGGGAAUUAUAUCUACUCUGAAGAUGCUGUACGGAAAUCCAGAGAUUAUCGUGCAGAAUAUGGUGACCAAGAUCCAUGCUACUCCAGCUCCGAAAGCGGAUAGGUUGGAUACACUCAUCGAGUUUUCGCUGGCUGUGCAGAACCUGUGUGCUACGAUCGACGCAUGCCAAUUGGAGGAGUAUUCGUACAACGUUGCCCUGUUGCAUGAACUUGUGGAUAAGCUUCCUCCAGGGUUCAAAGUGGAAUGGGCUAAACAUCGUCGAACUAUACCACGGGUGAAUCUCGAGGCAUUUUCGAAGUGGCUGUACGAGUUAGCGGAAGUAGUGUGCCCGAUCGCAAAUUUACAAAUCAGCGAGUCAAAACCAUUGCGUGGUAACAAGAAACCUCCUGCCUUCCUCAACGCGCACAGUGGAGAGACGUCAUACAAGCUGGAAGACAAACUGCAUCAUCAAGUGAAGAGUGGCCCAGCCGGCUCCGACUCCAAGACGUGUGUGGUAUGCAAGGGCAGCUGUCCAAAUCUGGAUAAGUGUCACCGUUUCAGUGAAUUGGGGUACAACGCCAGGUGGGCUGCGGUGAAGGAGUUCGGGUUAUGCCGGAAGUGCCUCCGGAAACACAACGGUACGUGUAAAUCCAAGCAAGUUUGCGGGAAGAAUGGGUGUACAUUUAAACACCAUCAACUUCUCCACAACAACCAACGUGAUGGAGCUGCCACCAACGUUUCCAGAGCUUCGGGCGAGAACUCCGCUACAAUUGCGCAAAACACUUCCGUUCGUGAAUGCAAUGCUCAUCACAAAUCCACAAACAAAGGACUUUUCCGAGUAGCGCCGGUUAUCAUCCAUGGACCGGGUAAGUCCAUCAAGACCUUUGCGUUCCUGGACGAUGGGUCGUCACUCACACUUGUGGAUUCAUCGAUAGUGCAGGAGUUGAAGCUACAAGGAAAAUCGGAACCGUUAUGCCUCAAGUGGACUGGCAACAAGAGGCGAAUGGAGAGUGAUUCAGUAAAGUUGGACCUUGAGAUUUCCGGAACAGGAGAGAUACAGAAGAAAUAUCGCCUCGCAGGAGCUCAUACUGUUGCUAGUCUGGAUCUGUUCCAUCAAUCCGUAGAUAUGCGAAAGCUGAGUGAACAAUAUUCUCAUCUGAAGGGUAUUCCGAUCGAGUCUUAUAAAAAUAUUCAACCACGAAUCUUGAUCGGAAUCGAUAACGCCAACCUCACAUUUCCACUCAAGGGAAGGGAAGGAAAGAUGUACGAACCAAUCGCAACGAAAACGCGUCUUGGAUGGAUCGUCCACGGAGGUGCGGAUACCGGAGAAGCUCUAGUGGGGCACCACAGCCACAGCGUCCAGACUUGCCCAUGCAGCGAGCGGUCCGAUGAAAUGUUGCGGCAAGCUGUACGUGACUACUUCUCUCUGGAUGGGCUUGGGAUCUACAAGUCGGAAAAGCUUCUCAUCUCUAACGCAGAACAGCGCGCGCAGCGAAUACUGGAGUCAGCCACCCAGAAGGAAAGCGGUCGAUACGAAGUUAGCCUUCUAUGGAAGUUCGACGACAUCAAGUUACCCAACAGCAAACCGGCAGCUUUACGGCGUUUCCAUUGCUUGGAGGCUAGAAUGAAGAAGCAGCCGGAUCUAGCGGAAGUAUUGCGAGAGAAGAUCGAAGAUUACCGACUGAAAGGGUACAUCAGGAAACUUUCUGACGAGGAGUUGCAAACUUCACAAGAGCGGGUGUGGUAUCUGCCGUUGUUCCCGGUGUUCAACCCAAACAAACCCGGAAAGGUGAGAAUCGUGUGGGAUGCAGCAGCUAAAACCAACGGUGUUUCGCUGAACUCAAUGCUCCUGACAGGGCCGGACCUUCUCACACCGCUUGACUACGUUCUCUACCGGUUCCGAGAAUUCCUAGUGGGGCUCAGUGGUGACAUCAGGGAGAUGUACUUGCAGGUGUUCAUGUGCAAGAAGGAUCAGCAUUGUCUCAGAGUGCUCUGGUGCGACGACUCGUCUGGUGACCCAAGCAUCUACGUGACACAAGUUAUGCCGUUCGGUACCUGUUGUUCGCCAAGCUGCGCACAAUACGUGAAAAACCUCAACGCCCGCAAGUUUGAACGAGAAUAUCCUGCAGCCGCUCAAGCGAUCACCAAGCAACACUAUGUGGACGACAUGCUGGUGAGCGUCGAAUCAGAACAGGAGGCCAUUCAGCUCGCCAGGGAUGUAAAAUUCGUGCACGCUCAAGCUGGGUUCGAUAUGCGAAACUGGAUUUCCAACUCACCUGCAGUCGUGGAGGCAAUGAAGGAAGAGAAGACCAACGAGAAGAGCUUAAAUCUCACGAUGGAACUGGGAACAGAGAAGGUUUUGGCUGCUCGAAGGUAA